AUGAGCAGCGCGACCCUCCUCAGUCUCCAGCCCUCAGGCACUCUGCUUGCUCCCGUCCAGGUGCUCCCCAGGAACCUCGCGCCUCUGCGGGGCCUCGCAGGGAUUCCGGCCGCCCUCCACAGACCCCUGAGCUUGGACGCACCCAGCUCGGCGGACUCCAGCCUCGUGGCCAAAGGAGGGACACAGGUGCUCCCCAGGAACCUCGCGCCUCUGCGGGGCCUCGCAGGGAUUCCGGCCGCCCUCCAUAGACCCCUGAGCUUGGACGCGCCCAGCUCGGUGGACUCCAGCCUCGUGGCCAAAGGAGGGACACAGGACAGCGACGGUCACUUUCCAGUGCCGGGAGUGUGUUGCUGCGCCGCGGUGCCAGCACGUCGUUCAAACCCUGGGCCGGCGGUGCCGCCACAGCAGGCAGCUCCAUCUGUCCUCCCUCCCCCAUGCAGGUUGCUGAAGGAGCAGGAGGAGAAGGAAAACAAGAUUGCCUCUCUGAUCGUGGAGCAGUCCGACGAGAAGCAGCUGUGGGAGAUGGAGCUUUAUAAGCUGAAGAACCAGCACAAUGAAAUCAACAGGAACAUUCUGGAGGAGAUGGAACGGGCCUGGAAGGCAGAGAUCCUGUCCCUAGAGAGCCGGAAGGAGCUGCUGGUGCUGAAACUAGAAGAAGCAGAAAAAGAAGCAGAGCUACACCUCACCUACCUCAAGUCUGCGCCGCCCACACUGGAGACGAUGAGGCCAAAGCAGGAGUGGGAGAUGAGGCUGAACAGGAUACGGAUGACCAGGGAAAGAGUCCGAGAUCAGUUCAAUGACCACAUUCAGAUGGUGAGAAACGGCACGAAGCUGAGCAGCCUCCCACAGAUCCCAACCCCCAUGCUGUCCCCCCUGCCCUCCGAGACAGAUUUCAUGCUGACGGCAUUUCAGCUCAACCCCUCCCUUACUCCCCGGCUCCUGUUUCCCAUCGGACCAGUCCCCGUUCCCAUGGUGAUGCCGAGCACGGAUCCUCGGGUGCUCUCCUUUCCCCUCCCGAACCCCGCCAUCUCCAGGCCCAAGCAGCCCUCCCCGCCACUCCCCGCUUCCCAGGGAAGAAACAGUCCGGUGGUGGCAUCGUUUCUCAUCAAGCACAGGCCCCACGUGCCUCCCGCCGCCUCCAUCCCUCCUCCGCCUGGCCUGGGCAGGGUCAGCGUUGCGCCAGAGUUCCACAGGCUGCAGCCAGCCGAUAAGCUGGAGAAGCUGCUGGAGAAGCUCUUGGCUCGGUUUCCGCAGUGCAACAAGGCCCAGCUCACCAACAUCCUGCAGCAGAUCAAGAUGGCCUGGAGGACCAUGGUGGGUCUGACCAUGGAGGAGCUGAACCAGCUGGUGGCAGCCAGGCUGGCGGAGCAGCAGGAGCGGGCGGUGGCCGGGGCGCAGGUGGAGGCCGGGCUGCUCACGGGAGGCUGCUGAGGGGGACAAGGAACUGGCAGGGUG